UCUUUCCGUAGCAGAAGCGAAUUGGAGUUUGUGCUAGAGGGAAAUGUUCUUGUGGUCGCCAAGAAACCAAGUCAAUAGUACACGGAACGGAAAGGGUUAACAUUUAACAGUCUUAGAUAGCAUAAUAACUCAAACACGAGAUUUGAGUUGCACGGUGGGAGUGUACAGUUAUGGAGCUUAUUAAAGAAGAAGCCACACCGGAGGAUGACAGCAGAGGGCGGCAGAGUCUGUCAAGAGUCGUCACCUCGAAACAAGUGCAAACAAAUCAGCUGGAGAUCUGCAGGGGUCUGGUGUCUGGAAAUACACAUCCUAUGUGCCGCGGCCGGGAUAGGAGCGAUCUGGAGCCCAAGGCUGGCGACGCUGCAAGCGAUGACGGGUUUCCUGUUGAUAAAACGUCCGGCGCCGUCCGCGAAACCCCCGAGAAAGACUCUCGUUGCACUGGAGAACAUACCGAGGGCUUGUCAGAUGGCCGCCAAGGCAAGAAGAAACACCGGAGGCGACCCUCCAAGAAGAAGCGCCGCUGGAAGCCUUACUUCAAAUUAACCUGGGAAGAGAAGAAAGAGCUGGAUGACCGGGAGACGGCACGGGCAUCGCGAAUGCGAGCCGAAAUGUUCGCCAAAGGUCUCCCCGUCGCCCCGUACAACACCACCCAGUUCCUGAUGGAGGAGCACGACCGCGAAGAACCCGAUCUCAACACGGAGCUGGUCGGCCGAAGAUCUGGGGCGAUCCGCUCCGACGACACGGCCAGCGAGGAGGAGAAUUUUGAAGCCGAGGAGGAAGACGAAGAGGAAGGCGUUGACGGCGAGGGGAGCGACGGGAUGGGCAGACCCGGGCAGGCAGGCGGGGAGUUUCUGCAGAGAGACUUUUCGGAGACUUAUGAGAGAUACCACGUCGAGACCCUCCAGAAUAUGACCAAGCAAGAACUGGUUAGGGAAUACCUGGAGCUGGAGAAGUGCAUGUCGCGGUUAGAGGAGGAGAACAACUGGCUCCGUCACGCCCGGAGAAACCCCGAGCCCUCUGCGGCUGACAGCGGCACCGCCGCCGCUCACGGCGAUCAGCGCGUCCGGGAGCUGGAGGUUGAGCUGGAGAGACUGAGAACCGAGAAUAACGAGUUAUUACUUAAAACUGGCGGGCCGGGACUCAACCAGUCUCAAACCCAGUGACUGACUCAAUUUCGAUACGUUUUAUUUCUGUUUUACAUGUCAAAUCUAUCUAAUGUUUCUCUGUCUUAUGUAAACAGCAGCAUCUCUGUGGUAGCUAAUACUCUCAUAGCCUAUGACGUCUAAAGGUAAUGUUUUUCUGACAGAACAUUGGUUUAUUAAAAUCUUAUGUGCGGUCCCACAUAUUUGGUCAGUCGAUAAUAAAAUAUGUGUUAAUAACAUUGUUUUGCACUAUUAAAUUGACGGAAUUGAUAGCCCUCAAUGCCUUUUUGUUAUGUAAAUGAUGAAAACAGUCUGACUUCUCGGACUUGUUAAGUUUGCACGAGCCGUUGUCAUGAAGUUACAAAUAACUUCUCUGCUUCUUUGUUUGUUUACCGUAAUGAAUGUCUUAAAGCGCCUUUCAUGAAAAAGACUCAAACUAGAACAGUUAAACAGCGUUUCAGAUUCAUUAUUGAUGGCGCACAUGCUUCAAUGUGUUAAUGCAUGGCAAAUACAGUGUUGUAUACAGUGGAAAACCGUGUACGGUAUUUUAUCGUGCUUUACCCAAAUAUAUCGUCCAUUAAAUUAUUCCACAUUUCAGUUCCAAUUUAUGUACUUUUAUAUGGUGACUGGCGGUUCAAUCACUUGUCCGGAACGGUGUUUUAAAUUCCAAUAUAAGGGGCCGUUCACACAGAACACGUAUUUUUCGCGAUAGACGACGCGUUUGACCGUUUUGCCGUGUUAAGUUAUAAGCACUAGAAACAGUAGAAGGGACGGUUCACCUAAAAAUGAAAAUUCUCAUCACUUGCCUUCAUGCUACCCCAGAUGUGUUUGGCUUUCUUAUGCAGAACACAAAGAUGUUCUGAAGAAUAUCUCCGCUCUGUAGGUCUAUACAAUGCAAGUGAAUGGUUACCAGAAAUUUUAGUCUCCAAAAAGCACAUAAAGGCAUCAUAAAGUUAUCCAUAUGACUCCAGUUAUUAAAUCCAUAUCUUCACAAGCAAUAUGAUGGAUGUGGGUGAAACAUAUACAUUUUUAAGUCCUUUUUAAAAAUGUAUCUCCAAUUUUACGUUCUUUUAUUUUUGCCGUUUCACAUUCUUCAUGCAUAUCACCACCUACUGGGCAGGGAGGUGAUCUGUUUUUCACCUGCACUUAAUGCUUCUGAAGAUUUGGAUUUACCCACUGGAGUCUUAUGUGCUUUUUUGGAGCUUCAAAGUUCUUGCGACCAUUCACUUGCAUUUUAUGGACCUACAGCUGGAAAAUAAAUCGUACACCUAAAACUUACGUACACCUCCGUGAUGUCAUGAGCGUGAGUAAAUGAUGCAUUUUCAUUGUUGUGUGAACUAUUCCUUUUAAAGUCUGACCUGAGACACCUGUGUUGUGUUCUAUUCAUUUUGCUUUUUUUAUAAUGUAAGAACAUGUUUUGUCUGAACAGCCCCUAACUAUUCAUUUGACAUGUCUCCUUAUAUGGACAAACCCAUAAUGUGAUUUUAUAUUAUUAUAACACAACUGUAAGGAUUUCUUGUUUAAUCAAAGAUCUCUCAUUUUGCCUAACAUUCACAAAACCAUUGUUUGUGUGAACGGAUUUUUGUUUUGUCAUUGGUCUGCACCAAAUCCUUUUUUUGGGACAUAUCAGAAAUUUGUCAGUUUGAUAAGAAUUUUCCUCUCUGGAUUUAAAAAACAGUUUGAGCAAUUAUUAUAUGGUUGUAGAAUUGUUAUAACAUAGAAGGUAACUAUAAAUAUUCAUAUGAACCCGAAUCUUUUCAAUAUCGUGUAGGUCUUCUAGGCUUUUUCCGCACACAUGCAUCACACAGACAUAAUAUAUUCUUUAUGUAACAGCACAAAGGAAAACCAGAAUACAGACUAUUGCACAAUGAGUAAGAAACAAUUGAAAACAAAUUAUAUAUAUUAUGUCAUAUUUAUCAUUUGUACACAGAGGUUAACUUAGCAAGAUUUUGUACAUUUGUUACAAAAGUUGAUCUACACAAUCACCCAUAUAUAUAUUUACAUGCACGGGGGGGUAAAAACACACAUAACCAUCAGUAUAGGAGAUUAGAUCACAAGUGGACAUUAAGUUGACAAACACACUUGCUGGUCACAGAAAAUGAACUGUCUUGCACAAGUUUAUCAAAGCUUUUUGGAGUGAAACAUACAGAAGAGCACAGUGAGUUGGUAUUCAAGGACAACAGCUUUGAUAUCUGUUAGUAUGACAAUUCUGCAUGGAGCCUUUUUAAAGGGCAGGUAUUUCUGUGUGAGGCAUAAGAAAAAACUCUUUUUAAGAAACAGUUGGGAGCACUGAAAGGUAUUUUAACAAACUGUUUAACGCAUACAAUUCUCUUUAAGAUUGCUGCACCAGAGACUACAGUAGGUGCCAUAUUGUGCUUGAAAUGAAUGCUGAGCUGGUGUGCAAACCCUUGUUAAUAUAGAAUGAAAACGGUGCUCUGUCAUAUGGUAGUAUGACCUAUAGGCUUUAGUAAUAGGUCAUAGACGCCCUCCACUUUGGAUUCUCACAAAACCUGUCAAGAAUAUGUCCUGGUCAUAUUUAACCUUCAAUAAAAAAUAAAAAUGAAAUUUUAUAUUGUAUAAAGAAAAUUAAGCCUACAUUUACGACCAUUGAUUUUUUUUGUCUUUUGAGAUUCAUUUCAGGACACUUCCCUGAAUUUUACUCUCCAAUUCACAUUAUCGUAAC